ACACAUAAAGGCCCGCUUCCUCUAGCUGCUUCCUUAGAUCCCGAGCCUAACAGAGCUCUGCUCAAAGGUUGUAGCUGAUUAAAACAACAAAGACCUGAGAAGAAGCAGUUACAGCCUCUGAUAUCACUUGCCACCCUGGGUCUACAGCUAUAUCAUUCAUCAAGCGAUUGCAUUAUUGACAACAGAAGUAAGAAAUAGAGGCAUACAUUCUGCUCACAGCCUGAAUCUGCAGAGAUGUCAUCAAGACUAAAUCCAACUGAUGUGAUGAAGGGUUGUUUUUCGAAAAUUGUGCUAGACUCAUUUGAAGAGCUAGAUCCUGAAGAGUUUAAAAGAUGUAAAUUCUUUCUAAAGGGUGGAAAUCACAUAACCAGGAAGCAAGACAAAGCUGAUCGAACUGAAUUAGCUGACUAUAUGGUAGAAACAUUUGGUGCUCUCUCUGCUCUAAACAAGAUCAUUAAAGUAUUCAAGGUCAUGAAUCUUAAUGAAGUUGCUCAGACCCUUCAAGAAGAAAAAGCCAAAGUUGAGAAGAAAUACAAUAAGAAAAAAGAGAAGAAACCAGUGACAAGAAACAAUCAGGCUCAAAUGAGAAGAUCAGCUUCUAAUGGCAACAACACUGGUAACCCUCAGCUGACCAAGAAAGAUAACCUGAAACCCACCAAUGAGUCAAAGAAGAAUCAUGUUGCUAAGAAACGAAAAGCAACAACUGAAGAGAAGCAAGAAAGUAAGAAAAUGAAGACAUCCCAGGAAUCCUUUCAGAAAACAGAACCAGAAGCUGGAAGAGAAGAGUGUAUCCAGACUACAUCUAUGGUAGUGAAGGUGCUCAAAGUGACCCAGACAUUUGAGUAUUAUACCCUUGAAGAGCAGAAGCAGAUGUUUUAUGCUACUGUGGCAAAUGAGCAUGAAUUUAUCAGAGUGAAGGUUUUCAACAUGAGUGUCAAGGAGCACUUCAACAAAAAUAAGGUCAUUGAGAUAUCAAAAGGUUAUUGGAAAAAAGGUUUCCUGGAAGUAAACAAAUGCUCCAAGGUGCAAGAUGUGUGUACUAAUAAAGAGAUCAUAGUCCCCAAAAACAUCAAAAGAAGAGCAGGUAAAACCACAAAAAUCCAAAUGCUUCAAAAACAAAAACAAGGAAGCUAUGUGGAUGGUGUUUAUGAGAUCAAUAAGAAAACUGAAUCGGAGAAACGUACACUCUUUGAAGUGAAGGACAACACAGGAAAAAUUGAAGUGGUAAUGUUUGGCAAAUGGGCCAAAACAAAGUGUGAGAUAGGAGACAAACUUCGACUCAUCUGCUUUGAGCUAUCUUCUUGGAACGAUACACUGCAACUGAAAUCUGUAACUCAUAGUUACGUCCAGGUCAUCAAGUCUAAGAAAAAUUAGAAAGACAGGUCAAGAGAGACCAACUUGCCCCUCUUCUGACAACUGGACCUUUCAGAUGGUAUCAGAUGCUAUUGCUGCAAACACCAGAGCUCAGUAAAUAUUUUUUAAUAACAUGCUGAGUGUGAAACAUGGGGCAGGGCCCCAGUUUGGUCCUACUUCCAUUGCUUAAUUAGUUGUGUGACCUUGCACAAGUUAUAUUGCUUUUAAUAUCAGAGGUUUUUUUAGUUAAUUUUUUUUUCAAAUGAUAAACACUUAUUUUCUCUGCCUCCCAUUGCCCUCCCUCCCCCACAUUGA